AUGCUUACGGGUCUCGACACCAUCCUGCACUGGCCCUUCCCUCAUGUGGAUAUCUCCCGUGAGCAUCAGUUCAUGCAGCUCGCCCUCGUCCUCCGCGACGAGCCAUCGACCUCGAGAAGGCCGUGUAGGCUGACGGGGCCCAGGCUCCACGAGGGCCUCCCGUUCCCGCAAGGCUGGGACGCGUACGCUCAGUGUGUGCUGCUGUCGAUCAAGCUGUCCACCAUUUGCGUGACCGACAGCCUGCAGACGCACUCGCACUUCUGCUACUCCGGCUUCGACGGCAUCUUCCCGUCGAUCCAGGAACCCGACACGGAUGCCAUUUCGACUGAUGCGUCGAAGAGCGACGCGUAUAAUUUCGAGAGCGCUGCCCGAUGCGAUCACUGGAAGGUCUUGUAG